AUGGCCCCUGUAAGGACGGUGCAUGCGUAUCCUCCUGCGGCUCUGAGUGGAGGGGGAACUGCAGAUGAUGAAACUGUCGUGAAUGGCGGAGAGGACAGGGUAAAGAAGCAAGAAGAACGAAAAGACCACAGACAAUUAGGUGCCAUGAUGGAUAUGUUUUGCUUUCCAAAGCCAAAAAUCGGUGCGAUGGGCGGAUUGGGGCCUGCGUUGCUCCCAAGAGGGCUGACUUGCAUGCUGCAGCUGCAGAAGGUUCUGAGAAAACUACAGGAAAAGCAGGGAUUCGAGGAGGUCCGGACGGGGUCCUUGGCCCAAGCCCAUCUGUGGCAUCGCAGCGGCCACAUGCAACACUUCGCAGAUAAUAUGUUUGCAAUUGCGGAUCCGAGGGAAAGAGGAAGUGACACGCUCCCAGGGGACAUGCAAAAUGUGGAGAUGCCCCAGCAAGAAGGGUCCACGGCGCCCCCGGUUUAUGAUGCUGGCACUUCUUACCUUUUGAAGCCAAUGAGCUGCCCUCUACAUCUUUCUUACUUCUUUGAUCGUUCUGUUCGAUUAGGUUCUGCUUUACCGCUACGUAUAUGCGAAUUUGGACAUGUUUAUCGACGGGAGGUACCCAGCGCUCUCUGCGGCCUCAUGCGAAUGCGCGAGUUCACUCAGGACGAUGGCCACAUUUUGUGUCGCAUGUCUCAAGCUCUGGAAGAAGUAACGGCAUUUCUUUCCGCGUGUCAAAAGCUGUACAAGGCAGCGGGCUUUUGUAAGGGGGAGAUAAUCUACCACAUCUCGACAAGGCCAGAAAGCAGUCAAGGUUCAGAACAGGAAUGGGCCGAUGCCGAAGGGCUGCUGCGUAGCGCUCUUGAACAGCUGGAGAUCCCUUUCACGGUAGCCCGAGGAGAAGGCGCCUUCUAUGGCCCAAAGAUUGACAUUCAUCUUCCAGGCGUAGAUGGACGGCUGUGGCAAACAGGGACUUUGCAGGUUGAUAUGUUUUCUCCCAAGAACUUCGGUCUUGAGCCCACACCCGAAAAUAAUGACCGUCUGUGUCUCCUGCACCGCGCGAUGUGCGGUUCCCUUGAGCGUUUUCUUGGCCUGGUGCUGGAGCAUUUAGAUGGCCACUUGCCAUCUUGGCUGGCACCCACCCAGGUAAAAGGAAUAUUCAACUAUUAA